AGUCCUUCAGCAUCUUGCCACACACAUACCCACACCCACACAAACACAAACACACACACACACACACCGUUUGUGUUUCUACUUUCUGCAGCAGGACAGGAGAGGGUGUUGAAUUGUUCCCUUUUGUAUUUAUUCCUGGAGGAAAGCUACCCGGGGACAGGAUGUCUGGAGCGCCUCCGAAGCGGCAGGACACCCGGAAAUUCUUCGAGAAUUUAUCCGGAGCUGGGAAAUGCAUAGCGGUGCUGACCAGCGGAGGAGAUGCCCAGGGGAUGAAUGCAGCCGUGCGGGCCGUGGUCAGGAUGGGCAUCUAUGUUGGAGCGAAGGUCUACUUCAUCCACGAGGGUUACCAGGGCAUGGUGGACGGAGGAGAGAACAUCAAAGAGGCGACGUGGGAGAGCGUCUCCAGCAUGCUGCAAGUGGGGGGCACGGUGAUCGGCAGCGCUCGCUGUAAAGACUUCCGGACCCACGAGGGGCGCCUGAAGGCGGCUCAGAACCUGGUGCAGCGCAGCAUCACCAACCUGUGUGUGAUCGGGGGGGACGGCAGCCUCACGGGGGCCAACCUGUUCAGAGAGGAGUGGAGCGGGCUGCUGGAGGAGCUGCAGACGCAGGGUCUGAUCGAUAACGAGGCGGCGCUCGCUAACUCUGUACUGCACAUCGUGGGGAUGGUUGGCUCCAUCGAUAACGACUUCUGCGGCACGGACAUGACCAUCGGCACCGACUCGGCUCUGCACCGCAUCAUCGAGGUGAUCGACGCCAUCAUGACCACCGCUCAGAGCCACCAGAGGACAUUUGUGCUGGAGGUCAUGGGCAGGCACUGCGGGUACCUGGCUCUGGUCAGUGCUCUGGCCUGUGGAGCAGACUGGGUGUUUAUCCCUGAGAUGCCCCCUGAGGACGACUGGGAGGACAACAUGUGUCAGAAACUGUCCGAGAACCGAGCUGAUAAGAAAAGGCUGAACAUUAUCAUCGUAGCUGAGGGAGCCAUCGACGGCCACAACAAGGCCAUCACUCCAGAUUUUAUCAAAGAUCUGGUGGUCCGCUGCCUGGGAUUUGACACCAGGGUCACCAUCCUGGGCCACGUGCAGAGAGGCGGGACCCCCUCGGCCUUCGACAGGAUCCUGGCCAGUCGGAUGGGGGUGGAGGCGGUGCUGGCGCUGCUGGAGGCCUCGGCCACCACCCCCGCCUGCGUGGUGUCUCUGGUGGGGAACCAGGCCGUCAGACUGCCACUGAUGGAGUGUGUGCUGAUGACCCAGGAGGUGCAGAAGGCCAUGGACGAGAAGAAGUUUGAAGAGGCUGUGAGACUGCGUGGACGGAGCUUUGAGAACAACCUGUCCACCUACAGACUCCUCUCCUACCGGACACCAGAUUCUGAACUUCCAAUUAGCUCCUUUAACGUGGCGGUGCUGAACGUCGGCGCUCCUGCUGCAGGGAUGAACGCCGCUGUGCGCGCUGCCGUCAGAGUGGGAAUCACCGAAGGUCACAAAAUGUUCUCCAUCAACGACGGCUUCGAGGGAUUCUACAAGGGACAGAUAAAGGAGAUCAAAUGGGGAGAUGUCGGAGGUUGGACCGGCCAAGGAGGCUCGCUGCUGGGGACAAAACGAACUCUCCCUGGAAAAUAUCUGGAUAAGAUCGCUGAGCAGAUUAAGAUCCACAACAUCAACGCCCUGCUGGUCAUCGGAGGAUUUGAGGCCUUUGAGUCCCUCCUGAAGCUGUUCGAGGCCCGGCUCCACCACGAGGAGUUUUGCAUCCCGAUGUGCAUGCUGCCUGCGACGAUUAGUAACAACGUGCCGGGCACCGACCUCAGUAUCGGAGCCGACACGGCGCUCAACGCCGUUGUGGAGACAUGUGAUCGCAUCAAGCAGUCGGCCAGCGGCACCAAGCGCAGGGUCUUCAUCAUCGAGACGAUGGGGGGGUACUGCGGGUACCUGGCCACCGUGGGGGGGCUGGCUUCCGGAGCCGACACCGUCUACAUCUACGAGGAACCGUUCGACAUCCGGGACCUACAGGCCAACGUGGAGCAUCUGACGCAGAAGAUGAAGACGACCAUCCAGAGAGGACUGGUGCUCAGGAAUGAGAACUCCAAUGAGAAUUACACCACUGACUUCAUCUACCAGCUGUACACCGAGGAGGGGAAGGGGGUGUUCGACUGCAGGAAGAACAUCCUGGGUCACAUGCAGCAGGGAGGAGCUCCGUCUCCCUUUGACAGAAACUUUGGCACUAAAGUAGCCGCUAAAGCCGUUCAGUGGAUCUCACGGACGCUCAAGGACUCUAACAAAGGAGGGCGGGUGUUUACUAACUCGGAGGACACGGCCUGUCUGCUGGGGAUGCGCCGCAGAGCCAUGGUGUUCCAGCCCGUCUCUCAGCUCAAAGACGAGACUGACUUUGUCCACAGGAUCCCUAAGGAGCAGUGGUGGCUGAAGCUCCGCCCCCUGAUGAAGAUCUUAGCCAAAUACAAGACGAGCUACGACGUGUCGGACUCGGGUCAGCUGGAGCACGUGACACGCGUCCGACCCAAAGAGAGCAAACCCUCCGAGAACAUCUGAAGAUCAGCUGACGGAGGAGACGUCCAAUCAGA